UGAACCCACUCCAUCCCAUAAUGAUAUUUUUUCAUAAUAAAAAUCAUAUUAAGAUUGAAGAGAAAUACAAGGACAGAUUGAUCUUCAAUACAACAACAUUCAGCCUGGAACUCAGGAAUCUGCGGAAAAACGACAGUGGACUUUAUACAUGUGAAAUUAGAUGGGAUUUCAACAUAACCAUAGUUGUGUAUAAACUUUUUGUUCUUGAGCCUGUGGCUGCUCCUGCACUGACUUUAGUGUCUAACUGGUCCAGCAGUAACUUUUGUGAUGUGAUGGUUACCUGCAGAGGUCAUGACCUCUCUCUGACCUUCAGCUGCAACAGAAGCAGCUGCACUCAGCUGGGAGACAUCCUCAUCACUCCCACCCUGGUAGUGUUUGCAAGAGAUGGAUACAUUGUCUGUAACCAUAGCAACCAAGUCAGCUGGCACAACGUCACUCUGGAAAUGUCAUCACUCUGUGAAUUUGCCAGAGAGGAACACUCUACUCUCUGGAUGUCGUUGACUGUUGGAUUGAUGUCUGCUGGGAUUGUUGCUGCUGCCCUUGUAGUGAUGAGUGCCUGUCUAAACAGCAACCUAGAGAGCACAGGGGCAGAUGCAUCUCUUUGGCAUUCCACUGUCCAGUUUUCACAUUUAACCGAGGUGCUGCAGAGAGCAGCAGGGGGCAGCAGAGAGCAGGAUGAAAGAGCCAAAUUACUGAGUUAUCUAACGCAUGAACCGCAACCAUUUCAAGCCGUCAUCUACAGCUUUCUUCCGCCUCCUAGGCCAGAGUCUGAUGUCCACUAAGCCUCCUUUGGAUCUCAGAUCUCCACCCCACGUCAUUUGUCCCUUCCAGUCAGCUUUUGAUGAAUAUGCAUCAAUACUCAGCCAGCCCUGUCAGGGAUGACCUUUGUCUCCUGGACAACUGUCAAGUCAGCAGUCUUCCUCAUGAUUAGAUAGAUAGAUAGAUAGAUAGAUCGAUAGAUACUUUAUUGAUACCUAGGGGAAAUUCAAAAUUGUGGUUGUGUGUAAGACUAAGAGAGGCAUAUUUAUGCAUAGAUUAAAGCAGAAAAAUGCUUUAAACAUUUUCAUUUAUAUCUAAUCAGCCUAGAAAAUAACACAUUCAUAACAUCUCUCCCUCUCCUAUAACAUCUCUGAUCUCUCUCCCACUGGCAGCUUCUCUCUCUGUCUUUUUAACAUCAUACUGACCUGUACAUACACACACCCACGUGCACAUACUCUCAUAUGUUUUUACU